AUGAGCGCACAGGAGUUAGACAUACUGCCUGAUCUGGACGAGAUCUGUGACUCCUUGAUUGGUUUAGCCUACAAGGCUGGUGAGAUCAUUACCGGCGCUCUUCCAGGGACCGACACCACCGGAUCUAAGAAAAAUAGCGCAGACCUCGUGACCGAAUAUGAUCGUGCUGUGGAGGAGAUGAUCUUCAGCGCCCUGAAGGAUAAAUACCCAGACUACCAAUUCCAUGGAGAGGAAACCUACGAUCCAUCUUGCCCGUUGACAGACGCGCCAACAUUCGUCAUUGACCCAAUAGACGGCACGGUUAAUUUUGUGCACGGAUUCCCUCACGCUUGUGUCUCGCUAGGGCUCGCGAUAAACCGUGUCCCAACUGUCGGCGUCGUCUAUAACCCUUUCACCACGGCUUUGUAUUCCGCGAUACGCGGCAAAGGGGCGUUCUUGAACCGUGACGUCCGGCUACCGCUCAGAGGAACCAACAUUGAGCCUCUGACAGGCUUGAAUAAUUCACUGAUCAGCGUGGAAUGGGGCUCUGAGAGAACAGGGCAGAAUUGGGAAACUAAGAUUCGAACUUUCGAAAAGCUGGGGCAGGACCGGGAGAGUGGCGGGGCUAUGGUUCGGUCUAUGCGUAGCAUAGGGUCUGCGGCGCUCAAUCUUUGCGCUGUUGCUGCCGGUACCCUUGACUUGUACUGGGAGGGGGGUUGCUGGGCAUGGGAUGUCUGUGCCGGAUGGAUCAUCCUCGAGGAGGCUGGAGGUAUAAUGGUCGGCGGGAAUCCGGGAGAAUGGAUAGCCAAGAUCGAUGGAAGGAAAUACCUCGCUGUUCGAGCAGCAACAACCCAAACUAGCCAGAAAAUGCUUGUGGAAGAGUUCUGGAGCAAUAUUCAAGGACGACUCGAGUAUUGA